AUGUCAAGGACACGAUCAAAUUGGAGUGCCGCCCUCCAAACGCUCGAGGGUCAUUCGGAUUCGGUUAGGUCAGUUGCCUUCUCACCAGAUGGUACAAAAGUAGCUUCGGGCUCUUACGAUCAAACAAUCCGGCUUUGGGAUGCAGCGACGGGCGAAUCGCUUCAAACGCUCGAGGGUCAUUUGGGUUCGGUUACUUCAGUUGCCUUCUCACCAGAUGGUACAAAAGUAGCUUCGGGCUCUCACGAUAAAACAAUCCGGCUUUGGGAUGCAGCGACGGGCGAAUCGCUUCAAACGCUCGAGGGUCAUUCGGAUUGGGUUUUCUCAGUUGCCUUCUCACCGGAUGGUACAAAAGUAGCUUCGGGCUCUCUCGAUAAAACAAUCCGGCUUUGGGAUGCGAUCACGGGCGAAUCGCUUCAAACGCUCGAGGGUCAUUCGAAUAGGGUUAGCUCAGUUGCCUUCUCACCAGAUGGUACAAAAGUAGCUUCGGGCUCUCUCGAUAAAACAAUCCGGCUUUGGGAUGCGAUCACGGGCGAAUCGCUUCAAACGCUCGAGGGUCAUUCGAAUAGGGUUAGCUCAGUUGCCUUCUCACCAGAUGGUACAAAAGUAGCUUCGGGCUCUGACGAUAAAACAAUCCGGCUUUGGGAUGCGAUCACGGGCGAAUCGCUUCAAACGCUCGAGGGUCAUUCGGGUUGGGUUAACUCAGUUGCCUUCUCACCAGAUGGUACAAAAGUAGCUUCGGGCUCUGAAGAUAAAACAAUCCGGCUUUGGGAUGCGAUCACGGGCGAAUCGCUUCAAACGCUCGAGGGUCAUUCGGGUUGGGAGGCAUCCUCAGCUUUUGAACGGUACUUUGAGUCAAACCAUUGGAUAGCUGAAAGAUCAGAUGAAGAAGUGCGAAAUAUUUUUUGGCUACCUCCAGACUAUCGGCCAACUAGUACAUAUUUUUGUAACGGAGUUAUAGUCAUGGCAUUUUCCACCGGUGGCAUUUUCUUUCUGAAAUUUGAGUGA